UACAAGGCAAGGUGUGUGUGUGUGUUGUUUGUUUAGUCAAAGCCUGUUAAACCAGUCUGAUCAGUAUCGGUGGAGUCCUGCAGAUGUGAAUGAACAGAACAGACAGAUAAAAAAUGAAAGACACCAAAGUAAAGUAGAAAAAGACAACAGCUCACGAAAGAAGAUCAACAUUGGACGUGUAAAGUGUAACAUGAGGAAACGAUCAACAAACCAAAGUGAAGGGUUAAAGUCUGAAGAGAGAGAGAGAAAGGUGUGAAGAGGAUCACAUGUUACCCGCGUGUAAAUAUAUAUGGAGGAAUCAUUCUAAUGAAGACUGUAUGGAUCUCUAUCAUUCACCACACACAGAUACUCAUCUUCAUCUUCUCCAUCUGCCAUUACACUCAGGCCAUUACCAUUCAAGUCCAGAGCAACGCUGUCAUAGCUCCAAUUCAGGGAAGUGCAUUUUUCUCCGUGGAUAUCGAAUGCAUCGGCAUACCGACGAUCAAAUGGAUGUUCAAUGCCAUAGACAAGCAGCACAGGAUUGCAACCUGGACACCCGGUGGCUCAGUCAAUGUCACACAACUCUAUGAAGAAAGAGUGGAAACUCAUUUUAAUGGCUCACUCACUAUAUCACACUUACGCCUACAAGACUCGGGUUAUUAUAUCAUCACUGUGACAGAGCCAUCUGGAAACAGCAAAGACGCAGGUGUGCUACUAAAUGUAACAGAGGUGCUGUAUGAGGACAUACAGUAUCUGGUCGUGUUUAUCAUCGUGUUGGCGGUGCUGGCUGCGUUUCUCAUGCUGUGUGUUUGGCUCUUGAAUAAACUGUACCGAUACGUCAAGGCCUGGUGCAUUAAGAGACACUUACCAGAGCACAAUGCAACCGAACUACAGCCACUGUGAGAAGCACAGACGUGGACGCAUCCGACCGACAUACAGGACACAUACACGUCCUCAAUACCAUGAGAAGAUGUACUCUGUCAGAUCUCUCGAUGAAUGAAACUCACCAGAUUUAUCUACAGAUAAGACCAUGAGGAAUCACUUUAAAGGACCCAACAUUUGACAGCAAAGACCUUUCUUGUUACACAGAUAUAUGACUGUUAAACACUGGAAUGGACUUCACAUGAUGCCUACUUGGGACACUUUUGUGAAAUUGUUUGUGUAUCUUAAAAAUCACAAAAUAAUCACACAAUACUGAAAACAAAAGAUCAAGAAAUGAAUGAUUUCUUUGAAUAUAAGCUGAUCAUAUUGUUUAUAGCACACACACACACACACACACACACACACACACACACACACACACAAACA